ACGUCGGCUCAAUAAAAAUAUUGUUGUUCGAAAAAACAUUAACAUCUGCAUCAAUACUACGACAUCUGGAAAACACAGCAUUUUUUCUGUAGUCUCUACACAUGUGCCCUUGAGUCUAAAUCAUUCAUAGUCUGGAGUUCAUCGGCUGUGGUUAAUUAAAAUUAACACUGUCUGAGAAUCCACGAAAAUGUUGCCACCACUAUUAGUAGUACUAAUAGCUAUAGUUUGUUCUAAAAGUGUGCUUGCAAACGAGAUUAAUAACAACACACACACUGAGUUACAAACUCUACAAGACGAAGGGCGUGCUUUAAAAGAGAUAACGAAGUUCUUAUCAGGACAGUUAGAUAAAUGGAAUAACUUGUUCCUACAUUCGCUAGAACCUCAGAUGAUCUCUGUAGCAACUUCUUUGGCUAACAUUGACAGUAAAGUAAGCAGUUUACAAGAACGGGCGCACGUAUGGGACACUUUUCAGUUACACGUAAGUGCCUGGAAUGACCAGUUAGCAACUCUUGAUCGCAAAACUAACCUCAUAAGCAAAGGCCAAGAAAAAAUGUUGGAGUUGGAGUCCAAACUUAACGUCAUUGGUGACAUAGAAUACAAAAUAACCGAAGCUUUUAAAAAAAUCGACAGUAUUGAAGACGCAGUCUCAACUUUGAAAGAAGAAGUCCAAAAUGAACAUCUCCACAAAGACCACGAUAGCCUUUUUAGCGAAUUUGCAACGCGCGGUAUUUUAAGUAGUGUCAAGAUGAUAGAAAAGAAGUUAGAUCGACUUUUACUGUCUCAACAAAAUUCACUUGUUCAGCAAAAAGGGGUCGACAAACCAAGAUUGACGAUCAGAUGUAAUAAUCCUCCUUACGUUGAAGAACUUCUUAAUGAUAUUUCAUCCAAAGUUGAUGUAAUGUUUGAUAAAAUGAAUGGACGAGAAGAAAAUGGGAGCGAUUUUGGUGCGGAGGAGUAUGUGGACGAUGGGAGUGGAAGUGAAGUUUCUGAAGGAAAAAAUUGUUCCGAUCGGGACACUGUACUAGAAAACAAGGUAACGAAAAUAGAAACUAUUUCACAACUUAUUUCAAAUAAACAAGACAAUAAUUUACAAGUGAUAAAACAAGAGUUGCAAAAGUGCGUAAAUGAUGAUAGUGAUAGUAAAUUAGAUCAAAUGAUAAGUCGCCAUAUUGUCUCACAAACCAAAUAUUUGGAGUCGCUUUUAUCAAACAUCAGUUUACCAAAGUUAAAAGAAGAUAAAAAUAUUAAUGACUCAGUGAUUCACGAACCGAAGAAAACUGGGUGCGAAGAUUUAAAUAUAAAUUCCAAAAGUGGGGUUUAUCUUUUUGGAAAUGACUCUAAAUUUAAUCGCAACCAGCGCAAAUUUAAUGAAAGAUAUUGUCUGAUUCGAAAUGGGGAAGCUUGGACUGUUAUGCAAGCUCGAGGAAACCAUCCAUCUGAAAACUUCAACGUGAGUUGGUUUCAUUACAAAAAUGGUUUUGGCGAUCUUGAUAAAGAUUUUUGGUUUGGCAAUGAUUUCAUCAGUACAUUGACCACGAACAAUAAUGUCCUUUUGAGAAUUGAACUGGAAGAUUUUGAAGGACGGUGUGUUUGGGCUGAAUAUAAUAGAUUUCUAGUGUUGCCAGAAGAAAAUAAAUACCAACUUAUUGUUGGUGGUUAUAGAGGAAAUGCAACUGACUCCUUUUCAAGUCAUAAUGGAUCUUUUUUUAGCGCUUUUGACCGAAAGAAUGAUCAGGCUCCUGAUUGUUGUCCUUGCUCGGUAUCCUAUGGAGGCGGAUGGUGGUUUAACAGCUGUUUUGAAUCCAAUUUGAAUGGAUUGUACUACCACCAAGGUGAAUACAAUGGUUACUAUGGAGGAAUAAUUUGGGAAACUUGGUUGGGCAGUCGUUCCCUAAAGAGGACAUUAAUCAUGGUCAAAAUUUCACCUAAGACUGACUACUCUACAUUGUGGCCAUAUUUUGAAGAGCCUUAAUAAAAAACUUCAAUAAAAAGUGUAUACCGA